UGCUCAGUUCAUUCCGCCUUGCGCAAAUUCUACUCUGCAGAAUGAGGAGAGACACAGCAUGGAAGAGAAUGCUCAGCCAAUCAAAGAAGCAACGAAAAAACAGGAACGUAAGAGACUCAGUAAGGAAGAGAAAGACAAAAUAGCUGAAGAGAAAAAACGGCAGCAGGAGGAACGAAAGAUGGAAAGAGAAGCUAAUAAAGCUCAACAAGCAGAGCAGAAGAAGUUGGAAAAACAAAAGGCAGACUGGGAUUCAGGAAAACAUGCUUUAGAAUCUAUUGUCGCCAAGAUCGACUCAGCAAUCAUUGAAGCUGGCUCAAUAGGAGGUCCUCUUCUGACAAGGUUUUCAGAGAAGAAACUUAACUAUCAAGUUGGGCAAAAUCCAAUGAGGGGAUCGAUUUUGUGGAAGAUGGUCCGUAAAGAUGAUCAGCACCCAGAUUCAGUGUCAGAAGUGCCAUAUAUUCUAUUUGUGCUCCAAGCUGAGGAAUUCUGUGAUCGUAUAAACAGUGGAGUGUUCUGGGAUCAUGUUGUAGAAGUUCAAAAUCACUAUCCAACAUUCACUAUUUGCUAUGUCACUAAUAAAUUGAUGAAAUACAUAAAUAAGAGUGAGCAAAGUCAGUAUAAGAACUCAUCCGGCUCCAAUGGCUGUAGAUCUCCACAAGUGGAACAGGUUCUGUGCAAAUUAGUAACACACUAUGAUGGAGUUCACUCAAAGCAAUGCACAGACGAAUCUGAAGUGGCAGAACAUGUUGUUGGCUUGACAACUAGUCUUGCAAAUUGCCAAUUCAGGAAACCAUUGACAUGGUUAUCUGUGCAUGCUAAAGGUGUGAUAAUCCCGACGGGUUUUGUGGAUAAAGCUAAGCUUAACAAGGAUCCUUGGUUCAUGUCCCUACUAGCUAUCCCUAAAGUCCAGCCAAGAUUUGCCCAUGCAAUCUGGAAGAAGUACCACACCAUGAGAUCUCUUCUGAAUGUGUAUAUGGAUCCCAGUAAAACUGAUCGCGAGAAGGAGGUUUUGCUUAAAGACUUGAAGUGCGAAGAUUCCCUUGGUGAGGAAAGCAGGAGGGUGGGACCGGUAUGCUCCAAAAGAGUGUACAGAAUUCUCAUGGCACAAGAUGGGGCAAUGGAGGCAGAUGAAGCUGAGAAAUCCUAGUGAUCUGUUUAUGCAGUAGGACGAUCCUUUUAGAUGUGCUAACGUAGUGUGUGUAUGUAUUAGAUGUUGCACUACCACGAUGAAAUUCCAAGUUCCAAGCAAGUGCUUUUGUAAAUUAAGCCGCUAGUCGCUC